UGAGUCUCCACGCUGCGCAGCCACAUCUUUAACAAGUGCGGCGGCUUCAUUUAACCACCUCAUAUAAAUGGAAUAAAGACAACGAUGGAGUUCUUCUGGGUGCAUUUCUUCUUCACUAUAAUAGUCAUUACUGACAGAAUCUGGAUCUCGCAGGCCUUCAACGUUGGCACUGCAGGCGCCAAGAUUUUCAGCGGCCCAGCUGCGGAAGAGUUUGGCUACACAGUCCAACAAGCGACAAACCAUGAAGGCAAAUGGCUCCUCGUUAGUGCUCCAUGGAGUGGUUUCAGUCAAAACAGAAAGGGGGAUGUUUACAAGUGUCCAGUCUCAGGGUCCAGAAACAACUGUGACAAGCUCAAUCUUCAAGAUUCUGUUAGUAUUCCAGAUGUUAAAAACAUCAAUGACAACAUGUGCCUGGGUUUGACUCUUACCAGGAUGCCUGCGGGUUUGAUGAUGUGCGGUCCUCUUUGGGGACAGCUCUGUGGCGAUCAGGACUUCUACCCAGGAAUAUGUGCAAAAAUGAGCCCCCUCUUUCAACCUCAACCUGCCUUCUCUCCUGCCGUCCAGUCAUGUGGAGGGCCUAUGGACAUCGUGAUUGUUUUGGACGGCUCUAACAGCAUAUAUCCUUGGGAGCCAAUGGUCACCUUCCUCCAGAAAUUAAUACCUGCACUUGACAUCGGACCCAAAAACACACAGGUCAGCGUCAUUCAGUAUGCUGUUGAUCCCAAGUUUCAAAUCAGACUAAAUGAGUAUAAAACCAAAGCUGAGUUGAUUGAUGCAACGUCCAGAAUUGAGCAAAUGUAUGGUCAGUCUACCAAUACCUUCCAUGCAAUCCAAUAUGCCAGUCAGAUAGGAUUCCAUCAAAGUAAUGGAGGUCGAGCAGGCGCUGCCAAGGUGAUGGUGGUCGUCACUGAUGGGGAGUCUCACGACGAGGACAUCCGAGAUACAGUUAUUGCGGACUGUGAGAGACAAGGCAUCACCCGCUUCGGUAUCGCUGUCCUGGGUUAUUACACCAGAAACAACAUCAACACAGACAACCUGAUAAAAGAAAUCAAAUCCAUUGCCAGUACGCCCACAGAGAAGUACUUCUUCAAUGUGUCGGAAGAGGCAGCUCUCUCCACCAUUGCUGGAGCAUUGGGGAGCCGCAUCUUCAACAUAGAAGGCACUGGAAAAGGGGGGGGCAAUUUCGAGAUGGAGAUGUCCCAGGUCGGAUUUAGUGCUCACUACUCUAGCAAACGGGAUGUGAUGAUGCUGGGAGCAGUGGGAGCCUACGCUUGGAGCGGGACUGUCGUCCAUCAAACAGGGUCAAAAGUAGACAUUCUCCCUUUCUCAGUCUUUGAGGGAACCCUUCAAGACAAAAACCACAGUGCAUUACUAGGUUACUCUGUCACCACACUGAGUGAUAGGUCAACAGAAUACUUUGUGGCUGGUGCACCUCGCUCCAACCACUCCGGACAAGUUAUUGUGUACACCGUCGAUGCCCAGAAGCAGUCUGCUAUCAUAGACUCAGAAAGAGGAAAACAGAUUGGGUCAUACUUUGGAAGUGUCCUGUGCCCCCUGGACGUAGACAGAGACGGGGUGACGGACCUGCUUCUGGUUGGUGCGCCCAUGUACAUGAAUGAUCUAAAGAGAGAAGAAGGCAGGGUCUACCUCUUCUCUGUCACCAAGGGUAUACUAAAUGAGCAGGGAUUUCUCAACGGUCCGCCCCCAACUGAGAAUGCACGAUUUGGGAUAGCCAUCUCUGCCGUUCCUGACCUGGACCUCGACGGUUACAAUGAUGUUGCAGUAGGAGCCCCACUAGAAGACGCAGGAAAAGGUGUCAUCUACAUCUACAACGGGCAUCUGAAGGCACUGAACAAACAGUUCUCACAGAGAAUCUUUGGCUCCAAACUGGAUCCUAAAUUGCAGUAUUUUGGAAGGUCCCUGGAUAGCUACAUAGAUCUGAAUGAUGAUACAAUCCCUGAUAUUUCCAUUGGUGCAUAUGGCAAAGUAGUGCAGCUCUGGUCCAGAGGUCUGGCUUCUGUCUCAGCUAAAGCUUCUUUCAACCCCGACAAAAUCAACAUUUUCAACAAACCCUGCGACAUUAAUGGACGCAAGCUUUCAUGUUUCAGCACUAACCUCUGUUUCAGUGCUGCAUUCAGGCCCAAGAAUCCCAUUGGACCCAUUGAUAUAUCCUACAAUUUGACCCUGGACGCUGACUUGCAGGCUUCACGAGUGACAUCAAGAGGACUGUUCACUAAAAACAAUGAACGCUUCCUCACAGAAAAGGCAAAAAUAUCAUCUUUGUCCGUGUGUCAGAACUACCAGAUUUAUGUUCAGGAGGCACCAGACUUUGUAAAUUCCCUCAGUAUGAAAGUUGAAAUCGAGCAGCAGAAUGCAGAUGUGAACCCUGUCCUCAAUGUGUUUUCUGCAAGUGCCUGGGAAUUCUUUAUCCCCUUCACAAAAGACUGCGGCUCUGAUGAUGUGUGUGUCAGUGAUCUGGUGCUGAGUGUGAAGACAGACACAAAGGCGCCCAGCUCAGUUCCCGUUCUGGUCAGCGCAAAUAACCGAGAAUUGUCAUUUGAAGUCGUCGUGAAGAACAAAAAGGAGAACGCGUACAACACUCAGGUCUUGGCCACUUACUCCGGCAACCUCUACUACUCAUCCAUCUUUCCUCCUACGGAUGAAGUCAAAUGCACUUCAACACAAACACAAGCCGUCACCUGCCAAGUAGGUUACCCAGUAUUAAAACAAGACCAAGAGGUGAAAUUUCGGAUUAAUUUUGAUUAUAAUCUUGAUCAGUUGCAAAACCGAGCCGAGGUGAAGUUUGAGGCCAAGAGCGAUGGUAAAGAGGAAAUACCUGCAGACAACAAAGUGGACAUAUCCAUUCCUGUUCAAUAUGACGCAGGGAUUGUUUUAUCUAGGCUGUCAAAUAUCGAUUUCUAUGUGGCAGAUGCUGCACUUCCUGUGGUAACAACAGUGGCAAGUCUAGAUGACAUCGGCCCCGAGUUUAACUUUACAGUGAAGGUUUCAACGAGUAACUUACCUGUCAGCCUCGUGUAUCUGACCAUUGCUCUGCCAGUGACCACUAAAGGUGGAAAUCAGCUCCUCUAUGUUACCAGUGUGGACACACAAACUGGAGGUGCUGUCAGCUGUGAUUCCAGCAACUUGGUUGAUCCUCUGAAGAUUGGAGAGAAGAGCCACAAAGUGUCCUUCUCUGAGGAGAGUCUCAGAGGCAUGGAGAAACUGGACUGCAAGAGUGCAAAAUGCGAGUAUAUAAAAUGCAUCCUCAAGGACACUGAAGUCAAAAGCGACUACUUUGUGAAAGUUAAAACAAGGAUCUGGAGUGGCACAUUUAUUUCGGCCACGUAUCAGACCAUCGAGCUGACCUCCACUGUUGAUGUCGAGACCUCCAACCCCAACCUGCUCAUUAUCAGCCUCAAACACUUGCCAGUGGUGGUGACAGUCAGUAAACCUGGAGAGAAAGGUGACGUUCCAGUGGGAGUGGUUGUUGGCAGCGUCAUUGCCGGACUGCUGCUGUUGGCUCUGGCUGUUGGACUGCUGUGGAAGUUUGGGUUUUUCAAAAGAAAGUACCAGCAGCUUCAAAGGGAGGCCGAUGAAGACGGGCAGAGCCACGCACAUGUUAACGAAGUGCUGUGAUCUGAAGAGAAAAUCUGCUGACUUUUCUCUUCACUGGAUUGUUUCCUGUGUGGAUACUGGUACUUGUUACUGGUUCUUGUAAAGUACAAAUGGACUACAGUUCAAUCACUGGAAAUUGGACAUUUAAAUAAAAUGGAAGCUAUUCAGUUUGAAGAUAACUGGGAUUUGGUACUCUGUCCAUUUUUAGAGAGGACUAUUGUUAUCAGUUUUUAUUUUUAAGCUUUGUGGCCUGUACAUUGACUACUUGCUGUUAUGCACUGACUUUGAAUAAUUGUAAGAACUGUAUUUGUAACAUGACAGAACCAUAUACAAUACUUCUUCUGAAAUUGAUUUUGAGUUUUAAACUGUAGGCGGGCAAAUUCAACCAUUGGUUUUUGUUUUGACAACUUCUGGACAAAAUGGUUGAACAAUCUUAUAUUGAAUAUAGCUCACCUGUCAAACUUUGAUCUUUUUAUUAGACCAUCUGUAGCAUAAACUGCCUUGAAUUUAACUUUCA